CGGGGUCCAGUAUGUAAGAGGAGCAAUGAUGCAAAGAACGGAGACGGACUUUGCCUCUUCCUCUAAAGAACUGGGAAGGGUGGGAGAAUCUCCAGGAUGGAUCAUUGCCCAUGAUGCUCAUGGGUACGCCCGAGACGCGUCUUCUUCGAGUCCUCUUCCGGACGGGGCCCCUUCCUCUUCUCCAUCUGGCCUCUCGAAUCCCGGUCUCGUCACAUCUACCGAUACAACGACUCAGACCCCACGAGUCAUUACCCAUACUCUGUAGGAAUUCUACGAAUCACUUCCGGGUCUUCGUAUUGUACUCGCAUCAACAAAGCGCAAAACGGCGAACCUGGUGGGCAGAUGGGGUGAAAGGAGCUCUCAUGGCUAGCGAUGACGGCGAUGGUGACGGCGGCGCUUGGAUGGGUGUGUGGACGUUCGUUUACAUGGCCACACCAACAAGCGGUCGACAAACUCGGUCCUGAUUCGCGGGUUUGCUCACGCUCUGCGCGUGAAGACGCCAAGCCGCGUCUCUUUGGCUUGUCUGGAUCCAACAUGCGCACACGCAUAACGUGUGGCACACCCAGUCACGAAUUUCUCUACUGCAGAGACAAACGAAAUGAAGGAAAAGUGCCUUACGGGUCGCAGGUUACGAAGGGGGAAAGAAAAAGAAAAGUCCCGCCGAACAGGCCGCUUGGACCGGCCGGCUCGAGGUGUCCAACCAUGGCCGUGUUCAACGUCGACCGACGAGCACAGCCAGUUCUGCGCCUUUUCCUUCAUAUGAGUCUGUUGCUGGUGAAGGAUGGUUUCCCAACAGGCGCCAUUGCCGAGCACCGUGAAGUGCAUCAGCGUAAAAUCCCAAUUUUCUAGUACGGAUAGAGAAAAAUAUGAAGAAAAAGGGGGGGG